AUGGCGCCACGCAACAGAAACCCUGCAGCUGUGCCCAGAUGUUCACACCUCAGACCGGAGGACUCUGAUGUGUCUGGAGAUGCUUCUAGGGCAAACGUGCCUACUGCUUUUAACCCUGGAAAGUACCUCAAGGAGAAGCUGGACAAAUACAUGUCGCGGUUCCCAAAAGUGAAGAUCCUCCAUCUCAAGGAGAGGCAUGGUCUGAUACGGGCCAGGCUGGCAGGAGCGGAGAUCGCCAAAGGCACCGUCCUGACGUUCCUGGACUCGCACGUGGAGUGCAAUGUGGGGUGGCUGGAGCCGCUGCUGGAGAGGGUCCGCCUCAGCCGAGCCAAGGUCGCCUGCCCCGUCAUCGAGGUCAUCAGCGACAAGGACAUGAGUUACAUGACCGUGGACAACUUUCAGCGUGGGAUAUUUACUUGGCCAAUGAAUUUUGGAUGGAGACAGAUUCCACAAGAGGUCAUCGAGAAAAAUAAAAUCAAGGAAACUGAUAUAAUAAGGUGCCCGGUGAUGGCAGGUGGCCUGUUCUCCAUCGAUAAGAAGUACUUUUUUGAGCUGGGAAUGUACGACCCAGGACUGGAUGUUUGGGGAGGUGAAAAUAUGGAAAUUUCAUUCAAGGUCUGGAUGUGCGGAGGAGAGAUUGAGAUUGUUCCAUGCUCCAGAGUUGGGCACAUUUUCAGGAACGACAAUCCUUAUUCCUUCCCGAAAGAUCGGGUGAGGACGGUGGAGAGGAACUUGGCCCGUGUUGCAGAGGUCUGGCUGGACGAGUACAAGGAGUUAUUCUACGGCCACGCUUACCACUUAGUCUUGAAAAACGUGGAUGUUGGCGACCUGACUCAACAAAUCCAACUGCGAAAGAAGCUUCAGUGCAAAAGUUUCCGGUGGUACCUGGAGAACGUCUACCCGGACCUGGAAGCUCCCCUCGUUAAAGCCAGCGGGCUGCUUGUUAACAUAGCCAUGGCAAGAUGCAUCACUGUGGAAAAUGCCAGUCUAGCUUUUGAGCCGUGCGAUGUUGACAACAAG